AUGGGGGCGCUGGCGAUGGAGCGGCUCAUAAUGGCCAUGCGGCGGGACCGGGGCCGGCGCCGCCAAGUCCAGGCCCGUGAUGGAUCCGCUCCCAUGUCGGUGAAAAGAGGAUGUUCGUCCCGGCAACAAGAUGAAGAUUCACAAGGUGGGAAACGGAUGAAAUACUCAGGGCCAGAUCUUCCUGAGGACAUUUGGUGUCAGAUACGCUCCCUGCUGUCAAUGCAAGACGCCGCCCGUGCCGCCUGUGUUUCUCGCUCCUUCAUGCAGUCCUGGAGGUGCCGUCCCAACCUCACCUUCACCAACGAAACGAUGUGCCCGAAAGAAGAUUUAAAAGCACCGGGAUCGAACGCUACUAUAAUAGACUACAACAACAAAAUCGACCGUGUUCUGAGGAACCGCCCGGGCGAUGCCGCCGUGACGAAACUGAAGCUUGACUACCAUGUUCCUCCUCUUGUUGGUAAACCAUAUCGUCGUCUCGAUAGAUGGCUCCAGAUUGCUCUUACGCCAAGGACCGAAGAACUCGAGCUUCUAGUAUGGUCGAAAGAGGCGAGCUUUGAUUUCCCAUGCACACUACUAUCUGACAGGUGUGGGGGCUCGAUUCAGAAGCUUUUCCUUUUCAGAUGCGCCUUGCGUCCCACAUUUCAACUUGGUUUGAGAAGCCUGAAAACGCUGUAUCUGCGCGAUGUGCGUAUCACGGGGGAGGAGUUAGGAUGCCUUCUGUCCAGUUCCACUGCUUUGGAACACCUGAAGCUUGUAUAUUGUGAUGAUAUAGUUCGCCUGGAGAUACCUUGCCUGCUGCAGCGGCUCAGCUUCCUGGAGGUGUCUGGAUGCACGAAUCUUCAAGUGAUAGAGAACAAAGCUCCAAAUCUCUCCAGAUUUUGGUUAGAAGCAGGUGAACAAGUACAAGUCUCAGUUGGAGAGUCGAAAGUGAAGGACGUGCAGUUGAGGCAGGAUUAUGCCAUCAAUUAUGCUAUUGAGAACCUUCCUUCACGUGUGCCGAAUCUUGAGACACUUAACAUACAAUCUUCUCAUGAGGACUACGAUUUUUUGUCGUUGGUUCAUUUUUUUGAUGCUUCUCCUUCCCUCGAGACGUUUCGCUUGUAUGUAAUCGAGCAUCCCAUGGAUGACUGGUUUGAGGGAGAUCCCUCGUCUCUGAGGCGAAUGCCACAACACUGCCAUGGGAGCCUCAAGAGUGUGAAGAUCAUUGGUUUCUUCCCCCAAAAGAGCAUGAUUGAGCUAACAUGUCAUCUUCUCGAGAACGCAACGUCACUUGAGUCCCUUACAGUGGAUGCUAGUCCAGCUAAUUACAGGUGUUCUGGCAGUAAACCGGGCAGAAAAUGCAGUCCCCUGACAAGUACAGCUAUAGUGAAGGCACAUAAAUCAGUCUUGGCUGUGAAAAAAUACAUUGAGGGGAAUGUUCCCUCUACAGUCAAGUUAAAUGUUCCGGAGCCUUGCGGACGAUGCCAUCUUUUGAAAGAAUCAGGUGUCAAACCAUUCUAUCUGAUGUUUAAUGAUUAGAUGUUUUAGUUGCCAUGUUACUUUCAAGAGCUGUCCGACGUCUAGGGGUCUGUGAUAUUACAUUCUUGUAAACUUUGUUUACCAGACUGUCCGAUGUACUUAAUAUUGCUGUAUC